AUGUUACUACGUUCUCUUACAAGUGCCUUCGUUUUAAGUGCUGGUUUGGCUCAGGCUGCUAGCAGCAGUAACAGUUCCACACCAUCCAUUGAAAUUAAAGGCAAUGCAUUUUUUAAUUCGGAAUCAGGUGAAAGGUUUUAUAUCCGUGGUGUUGAUUACCAGCCUGGUGGUUCUUCUAACUUGACUGAUCCCUUAGCAGACGCAUCUGUCUGUGACAGAGACGUCCCCGUUCUGAAAGAUCUAGGGAUAAAUACUGUCAGAGUUUAUACUGUGGAUAACUCGCAAGAUCAUUCCCAUUGUAUGAAACUAUUGCAGGAGAACGGUAUAUACUUGAUCCUGGAUGUCAAUACCCCCACGAGUGCUAUUUCUCGUUACGAUCCAGCCUGCUCCUAUAACGCUGACUACUUACAAAAUGUCUUUGCCACCAUUGAUACCUUUGCUGAUUACGACAAUGUUCUAGGUUUUUUCGCUGGUAACGAGGUCAUCAAUAGUGUUAAUACUACCAACACUGCUACUUAUGUCAAGGCAGUGGUCAGGGACAUGAAGAAAUACAUCAAGGCUAGAAAAUACAGACAAAUUCCGGUAGGUUACUCGGCUGCUGAUAUCGUCGCUAACAGACAAUUGGCUGCUGAAUACUUUAACUGUGGUGAUGAAGCUGACGCUAGAAUCGACAUGUUUGGUGUUAAUGACUAUUCUUGGUGUGGUGAAUCUUCAUUUGUGGUAUCGGGUUAUUCCACCAAGAUGAAGCUAUAUCAAGAUUACUCCGUUCCUGUCUUCUUAAGUGAAUUUGGUUGUAACCAAGUCAAGAGCUCUCGUCCAUUCACAGAAAUUGAAGCUAUCUAUUCCACUCAAAUGUCUUCUGUAUUCUCCGGUGGGCUAGUCUACGAAUAUUCCAAUGAAACUAACAAUUACGGGCUCGUUCAAAUUGAUGGUGACAAGGUCACUAAAUUGACAGAUUUUGAAAACUUGAAAAAUGAAUACAGCAAAGUAUCCAACCCAGAAGGCAAUGGUGGUUACAGUACUUCCAACAACUAUUCUACAUGUCCUGAUUAUGAAAAGGGUGUCUGGGAAGCUAAUAACACUUUGCCUGCUAUGCCAAGUGCUGCUUCUGCUUACUUCACAUCUGGAGCAGGUUCUCCUAUGGGAACCGGAAUCGCCACCCAACAAAGUUGUGAUGCUAAGGACGAUGACGACGAAGAAGACGACGACACCUCCUCUUCAUCCUCUUCUUCCUCUUCAUCUUCAUCUUCCGCUUCUUCAUCUUCUGAAUCAUCAUCCUCGACUUCAAAGGCAUCUUCCUCCUCCCCUUCUGCUAGCGAAACGAGCUUGCUAAAAUCUGCCGCAUCUGCUACUUCGUCCAGCCAAUCGUCCUCGAAAUCAAAGGGUGCUGCCGGAAUUAUUGAGAUUCCUUUGAUAUUCCGUGCUUUGGCAGAACUUUAUAACUUGGUUUUAUGA